AUGACAUCCAUUGAGGUCACCAGCGAUGAGAAGCGGGUCGCUCUCGACGAUGUAAAGGCCGUCAAGGACGACUCCCUCGUGCUGGACGCAGAGGCCAAGCCCGCUCCUCAGUACGAAGACGUCGACGAAAACAAGAUCAUCAUCACCGGCGCCGACGCUGCAAAGCAUCUGCUGCCCCUCCGUGAUGAUGGCGAGUCCGCGUUGACCUUCCGAAGCCUCUUCCUGGCCUCGGUGCUUGCUGCUUUCCAGGCCGUCAUGAGCGAGAUCUACUACUUUAAACCAACUUUUGUCAGCAUCCAAGGAACCUUUAUCGUCAUCAUCGCCUACUUUCUUGGAAAGGCGUGGGCGGCCUUUCUACCGCGUGGUGAUCGUUUCGAGGCCCGCUGGAGGGAGAAAGGCGGCCAGGGAAAGCUCCCUCGGUGGAUCACGGUCCUCUCGUUUCUCAAUUCAGGUCCUUGGAGUCUGAAAGAACAUGCAGUGUGUUCCAUCACUGCCAACUCUGCUUCCAACGCUGUUGCCAGUAUCCAGGUGUUUGCGGCGCAGAAGCUCUUCUACGACCUGCCCCUGACUGCCGGCACCAUCGUCCUGAGUGUCAUUUCAAUUGGAUUGUUUGGCUACGGAGUAGCCGGUAUCUUGCGUCCGAUAGCCGUUUGGAACGUUGAGUCCGUCUACUGGAGUACUCUCCCCGUGGUCAAGAGUCUUCAAGGGUUGCAUUGGCAAGACUUGAAAAACUCCAAACCGCUGCGAUACUUUUGGUACGCUUUUACUGGCAUGUUUAUAUACGAGUGGUUUCCAGCCUACAUUUUUCCGUUUCUCAACUCGUUUUCGAUUCCCUGUCUCGCGGCUAUGCAUGCUACAGGGGAGAAGGCAGCUGUACUGACGAACCUGUUCGGUGGCUCUCUCAACAACGAGGGACUGGGGUUGUUCUCUCUGUCUUUCGACUGGCAAUAUAUCACAUCUUUGCAGACUUCUGUUCCCCUCGGGCUACAAGUCAAUAUGGCACUGGGUUUCUUCACCUGCUUUAUCGCCAUGAUCGGCAUCUACUACUCUAAUGCCUGGGGUUCGCGAUCUCUGCCCUUCAUGUCAACAAAGUUGCUCACUACGGACGGCACAAGCUACCCUAUCACCAAAGUUUUUACUGGCGGAAUACUUAAUGAAGAGGCUUUGGCUCAGUAUGGAAUUCCUAGACUUAGUGGGUCGUUUGCGUAUGCAAUGUUCAUGGCCAAUGCUGCUAUCGGUGCCAUGGUCGCGCACUGUAUUUUCUUCUGGGGCGGAGACGUCAAACGCGCGUACAAGAGUGCUAGAGAGGGAAAGUUCGACGACCCGCAUCACGAGCACAUGGCCAAGCAUUAUAAAGAAGUAUCAUGGUGGUGGUAUGGCUCGGUCAUAGUCGUCAGUUUUGUCCUUGGUCUCGUUGUCGUCCUAAAAGAGAACAUAACCCUUUCCGCCUGGGCGUAUGUUGUUUCGCUGAUAUUGGGGAUAAUUUUUGGGCCUUUUAGCGUGAUUAUCUAUGCCCGCUAUGGAAAUGGAAUUGCCACGAACAACCUGUCGAAAAUGUUUGCAGGCUUGCUCGUUCCUGGACGCCCUGUUGGAAACAUGUACUUUGCUGCGUGGUCGCACAAUGUCAUUGUAAACACAGUCAAUAUGUGCAACGACUUGAAGAUGGGCGAGUAUCUCAAAAUCCCUCCCCGGGUCAUGUUUGUCACUCAAAUCUAUGGUACGGUAUUGGGUGCUUUCGUCAACUACGCCGUCAUGAUUUCCAUUGUAGACAACAACAAAGAACUUCUUCUCAGUGGCAAUGGAGAUGCAUCCUGGAGUGGUGCCACUACGCAGGCAUAUAAUACCAACGCCAUCUCCUGGGCUCUGGCAAAAUACCUGUACAAGACCGGCUCCACGUACGACAUCGUGCCCAUUGGACUGGCCAUUGGCGCUGGCCUCGUCAUUCUUCAUCGUAUUGUUGUACAUUUCCUCCCCAAAAUCCGCAACGUGUCCUUAUCCGACUUUAAUUUCCCCCAAUUCAUCCAAUACGCCGGAUUCAUCCCAUACAACCAGUCUCAGACCUGCGUUAUCUUCAGCCAGCUACUUUGUGGAUUCUUUGUGCAAUUCUACCUCAGAAACUACAAACCGCGCGUCUUCAGGGACUAUUCGUAUAUGGUUGCAGGCGCCUUUGACGGUGCCAGUUUGACUGCUCUGUUUAUUCUCUCGUUUGCGGUUUUUGGCGCUGGAGGAAAGUCUAUUCCGUUUCCUUCGUGGUGGGGGAAUAAUGUUAAUGGGAACUAUGAUUUCUGUCCUACGACCGACUAG